CGGUGUGCGCGCGCCUGCUGUGUGGCGACGGGAGUGAUGGCUGGUCGCCGAGCUCUCCACUUCGUGUUCAAAGUGGGAAACCGCUUCCAGACGGCGCGUUUCUAUCGGGAUGUCCUGGGGAUGAAGAUUCUGCGGCAUGAGGAAUUUGAAGAAGGCUGCAAAGCUGCCUGUAAUGGGCCAUAUGAUGGGAAAUGGAGUAAAACAAUGGUGGGAUUUGGGCCUGAGGAUGAUCAUUUUGUUGCAGAGCUAACUUACAAUUAUGGCAUUGGAGACUACAAACUUGGCAAUGACUUCAUGGGUAUCACGCUCGCUUCUAGCCAGGCUGUCAGCAAUGCCAGGAAGCUGGAGUGGCCACUCACUGAAGUUGCAGAUGGUGUUUUUGAAACUGAGGCCCCAGGAGGAUUUAAGUUCUAUUUGCAGAAUUGCAAUCUGCCUCAGGCAGAUCCUGUAUUAAAAGUAACUCUAGCAGUGUCUGAUCUUCAGAAGUCCUUGAACUACUGGUCUAAUCUACUAGGAAUGAAAAUUUAUGAAAAAGAUGAAGAGAAGCAAAGGGCUUUGUUGGGCUAUGCUGAUAACCAGUGUAAGCUGGAGCUACAGGGCAUCAAGGGUGCAGUUGAUCAUGCAGCAGCUUUUGGAAGAAUUGCCUUUUCUUGUCCCAAAAAAGAGUUGCCAGACUUAGAAGACUUGAUGAAAAGGGAGAACCAGAAGAUUCUGACUCCCCUGGUGAGUCUGGAUACUCCAGGGAAAGCAACAGUACAAGUAGUCAUUCUGGCCGACCCUGAUGGACAUGAAAUUUGCUUUGUUGGGGAUGAAGCAUUUCGAGAACUUUCUAAGAUAGAUCCAGAUGGAAGCAAAUUGUUGGAUGACGCAAUGGCGGCUGAUAAAAGUGAUGAGUGGUUUGCUAAACAAAAUAAACCAAAGGCUUCAGUUUAAUGGAUGACAUCAUGUGGAACAAGCAUCUGUGAUUCCUGUCCAGCACCUCUGAGGCCUGAUGUGUUUGUCCGUGAUACUUUUAAACUUGGUUGUUUCCUGUAUAAGCAAGGAGGCUUGGGUGGUGAAGAUUUGUGUAUUUCAAUCUUUGAAAGUUCUGGUAUGUUUUAGAAAUGAAAUCCAAUUAUCAUUCGUCCAGGUAAAGAGAACCCUUGCUGUAAUCUGCACUGUCACUGGAAUGGCACAUUCUGUGUGUAACUGUAUUAGAUUACUUACUGUAUUGGAUUAUCCCCAGACUGGAAUAGCUGUAUGCGAUAUCAUAAUGGUAAUACUCCUAGCAUCUGGUAAUAUGCUGUUCUAAUAUCUUACUCUGGUAGAUGUUGACAUUUAAAAUUUUUUUUUUUUAAUUUUGUUUCUUGGACCAACAGAAUCAGUUAACACUCCUGUCUUACUUGCUUUUACAUUUUGAGUAGCCAGAGAAAACAUACAGGAAGGAUUUAAUGUGUGUGUUGCUACAUAACUAGCUCUUUGCUAGUUUCUUUAAAUUUUUUAAACUCCUCACAUUAAAGAAGAUGAUGUUAGAUUUUAAAAUGGAUUAGAUAAUUUCAGCCUGAAAAAAAAAAAUGGGUUUUAUUUGGUGGCUGGCAAGUACAUGGAUCCGAACCUUUGACCCUGGUGUUAUAAUACUGCACUCUAAUCAACUGAGCUAACUGGCCAGCCCCCAUGUUUUUUUUUAAUAUUGUAGUUUUCUCUUUGGUUCUAUAGAACAAUCAGGUUUUAAUAACUAGAAACAGAAUUGUAUUGGGUAUAUUCAUUAGAGUAUGCUUCCAAAAUCAAGCUGUUAGACCAGUCUCUAAGUCUCAUUAUUUAAAGUGGUGGCCAGGUUCAAAUUUUAGGAAUAAACUGAGGAGAUUGGAAAGGACUGACUCAGGGGAUACUAGUUCCACAGUAACAUAUAUAAAAUCACUUAUAAAUCAUAACCUUUGUUGUUCUCCCUUACUGGGAGGGUGGGCAUAGAAAUUUUGGGGGGAUUUCCAAGUUACUUUCUUAAAGGGGCAAUCUUACCUUCCCUGAGAGAAAAAAAAAUCCUUGUCUGGCUCCACACUUUUCAUUCAACUUAAAUUCCCUAUCUUAGGGAAUCAGUCAUGAGUUUAAAAGCAAACCAAGUUAUAUAUGUUCCUCCACUAGGUAACUGGUUCAUUUUUUUUCUAUACAUGGGGAAAUUAUUAUGUGAAUAUUGAAUAAUCAGAUAAACUUCUGUCUCUGUAGACUAUGAUUUGUUAAUUCUUAGAUUUUCUAUUGGAUUAUUAAUUCUUGGUAUUUAUCCCUAGUAAUGCUGUUCUUGUGAAAAGAAACUACUUUUCCCAGUCUGCUCUAUUGUACCUUCUAAGUUUGUUAUAGUAAAAUAAGUGGUUUAUGUAAGUACUGAGUGAUUAAAUAACACUUACUGGUUUCUUUA